AUGCCGGGGAAAGUUGCCCUGAAUCCCCUUCCCCCAGGCACGAAACAGCCUGGUUUGGCUCAGUCGCUGUUGUACAGUGGUAGCAGGUUUCAGGGACACCAAAAAAGUAAAGGAAAUCGAUACGACGUUGAAGUUGUGUUGAAGGUAAACUUCGCGUGAUUGUUCGUGUCAUUUCCCGCCGGUUUGCAUUUGGCGGCCUUCUUGUCGUCUGAAAUAUUCUAUGCCUUAGUUCAAGAGUUUCCUUUCAAUUAUGUGGCUUUCUUUCAGCACGUAGAAGAAGAGAAAGGGUUUCUUUGUGGUUAUCUAAAAAUUAAAGGACUAACUGAUGUAAGUACUAUAAAGUAGAAUACAGAUUUCUAUGUUGUGCUUAGCUAUACAAUUUUAACGUAAGCUAUACAAAGUACUCCCUUUAUGCCAAAGGUUUGCUAGCUUUGUGUCAGUUUCGAUACUUUUAUUUAACCUGUUUCCAAAUUUAUCCUCCCUGGAAGAUUUUAGGGAAAAUACACAUGUUUAUAGUACAUACGCUUCCUGUUGUAUAGUACUCCUGUCAAAAAAAUUUUGUACUGUUUAGCGAUGUGAGGAUUGUCGUGAACAACAACAGACGUCUGGAAAGAUUCUUCAUAUAAAUUAUGAAAGGAUCAUAUGGUCAUUAGUUUGUAUCUUUCUACGUUUUCUUAUAUAUCGCCUCGCUUCUCCUUUUCUACACUAAACUGACUCUUGUCACUGCUUUGGUUUACUACAUUUAUUGAACCUGCAGUAAGUAAAAUCAAAGUACCUUACAUUGUGAAUUGAGGUGUUGAUUUGGUUAGAGUUCACAAAGAUUUAGGAUGCUAUUCACUAAAGGAGAGAUCCAUCCUUUUUGUCCAAAUGUUACUACAGCCUGUGAUCAUACCCGGGAGGUUACUUGGGUCACUUUUUGCCGGUCAUAUGCUCAGGGUUCGUACAUAGUCUUGAAUUCUUGAGAAAGCAUUGAAAUUUGCCCAGCAAUUUUCCAAACCUGGAAAAAGUCUGGAGAGUGGAGACGAAGUCUGGAAAAAUGGUGAAAAGUGUUGAGUUUAUUUUCAUAAGUACAACAAGUGGUUUGUAAGGGAAAUUUUGUUUUCUUUGGUCAAAUCUUAUCCAAUCUCGCCCGCACAUUUGCUGUGCAUCGUGAGAAAAGCUUUGUUCCUUUUUUUUUUUAGGUCUCUAUUGAUCAGCUAUUUGAUAACCUUGAGUCUGGUCUGGAAAAAGAAAUUAUUGUUUUGGAAAAAAAUCUGGAAAAAGUCUUGAAUUUUGGAUCCAAAAAUUUGUACAAACCCUGUAUGCUGCUGGCCAGCCAUAACCCCUACCCCAUUAUAGCACCUCUUCUAUGUAGCCAAUUAUAGAUCCCAUACCAUUGUCACCUUUGGGCAAAUUAUGUAAUUUUCGCAAUCCUGACUUAGUCACUUUCUUUUUAUGCAUCUAUCUUAUCAGCCUUUAAACUAAGUCAUUCUGAAUUGAAAUGACACAUUUGUUAAACUUAAUAUAGUAAACAUCUUGUCAUUUUCAAAUCCCUACCUACCUGAAUUUUCUGACCCUCCAAAUCGUAAAAAUGUGCAACCCCAUUUUAGAUAUUCUCUUGAAAACACAACCCCAUUGUAGUCAAUCUGGUUGUGAAAUUAUGCGACCCCAUCCAGCAGCACAUCCCCAUUAACCUAUUUCCAGGAAGUACCUCCCUGGGGAUCAUACCCUCCGUUUAUCUCAAUGUCUUUUGUGAGAAUAAGGGUAAGAUGCAUCUACUUUUACCACGUCACGUGAAAAAAAGGCAGAAGUCGGGUCUCAGAAAAUUUUGUUCCAAUCUCAAGAUCUCACAAACUUGUUUAGUGAGUGUCAAAGUCCAGUUUUUGUGUGCUUCUUUCCAUUCCAGGGUCUUGAAAUUUCUCUUUCAGUCUCAGAUUUUAAACAAGGGUUGUGGCACCUAGGGAAGUCUCAGAUUUCCUCUUUCCCCAGGCCCUCAAAUCUGCAUAUCACUGGUGGCUGAUUAUUUUCAACCAGAGGCUAAUCUCAUGCAGUUUAAUCACCUUUUUUUUUGUUUCCUCAGGAAUAUCCUCAUUUAACAACUUUUUUCGAUGGAGAGAUCAUCGGAGAAAAGCAUCCCUUUUUGACAAGAAAAUGGGUAAGAGAUAACUUUGUUAUGUCUGAGGAGCUCAUGAAAUGUAUUAAGUUUAGUUAUUUAAGCAAUAUACCACACUUUCUAUGGGUUUACCGGCGUGAUAACCCACACGGGAUGUUGAGAGAACACGAGAAAAGCUUGUUAAUCACGAGCCAAAGGCGAGUGAUUUAAACCCAUAGAAAGUGUGGUCUAUUGCUUUUAUAAAAAACUUUAAGUAAAAGUAUGAGUUUACUAGCACAAUAAACCAUAGGUUUUUAACCAAUCAGAAUGCGUGUACUGUCUUAGUUAUUUUAUAAAUGAUAAUGAAAAGUGAUAAAACGUAAUCUUAAUAACAUGAAGUUCUUACCUGGUCUUUUUUCCAUUGGUAUUGACCAUAAUUAAACUGCUUAUAUUUAAUACAGUUCGAUAUUAUUUUCUUAAACAAUAUUAUUUGUCUUUUGAUGAUAGUAGAUGUGCAAUCAUGUAUUUCAUGAUUUAUAUAUUUUAUUUUCAUCACUAGGAUGCAGAUGAGGAAGUAGAUAGGAAACACUGGGUAAUAAACUGUUACUUACUAAUUUUUGCAUUUAAUAAAUAGUUUAUCUGUGUAGGUUAGUUACAGACAAUUCAAGUUAAUUUGGUCUCAGAGGAGUCUUGUUCUAAAUCCUAAGGUGCAAGUUACUUAUGCCAAACUCAUUGCUUCAUGUAAAAAUUAAAAUAUUUGGUGACCAUUUUAGUUUUAUGUAGAAAAAAAAAUACUGGUAAUUGCCAAAUUGAUCAUUUUGGUUUCUAUACAAAUUUAUUUUGGAACUUUGAUUUGAAUGAUAUUUGUUCCUCAUAUUCAACCUUCUUGAGACUGUUCUUGUCUCAUAGAACUUGCUGAUAAAUAUUUUGCUGACAGAGAAGUAACUUUCUAAGUUGUCACCAUAUUUUAUUGUUGGUGACUUGACUGGUAAUGGUCUAAAUUAAGCCUCAAAUGAUUGGUUUAAAGGGACAGGUUCAUGGAUAAGCGCAUGCUCGUUAAUUAAAUUACUUUUUCCCAAUUUAUUAUUAUUUCUAUCGGUGAAUAAUUCCACUCUCAUGUAUCUCAGCAAUAUCAGAGUGUAUUUCAGAGUAACCUGAAGUAGGAUGGAGGAGUACUAAAAUCGCAGAAAAAAUUAGUGGAUUAUGCCAACCCUACCAACGUUGAAUUUAUUGUUGGCCCGAAGGUUGAUCAAGUGACUGCCAGGGGAGUGUGCAGAUUGGUUCUUUGACAACAUCAUGACAUGAUCAUAUUGCUUGCAUAGACGAUACAGCAUGCCCCUGCAGAAAAACAGCAUUUUGAUAAGUAAGCAUGUGCUGAACAGUGAACCUGUCCCUUUAAUAUAGGCUGCCUCAACUUGUAUUAUUAUUUGUGGUAUUGUGGUAUUAUUAUCUAAUUAGCUUAGCUUUUAUUUUUCAUACGUGAUUGAGAAAGCAACAACGUAUAUUAACAUCUUUUUUUCAUUCUUUCAAAACAGGGAAAGUUCCUGGCAUUUUACCAAUUUGCAAAAAAUUUUAACUCGGAUAAUUUUGAAUACAGUCAGCUGGACAACUUAGACUUCGUUUUUAUGAGAUGGAAGGUAAAUAUUUAGGGAUACGGAUGCAUUAGUUGUGAAACAUUGUAGUUAAUACAGACAUCAAGAUGUCUCAUAGAUCAGCCGACCUUUGUCAGUAAUGUACAGUAUGCACUAGCAUUGCAAGUUGAGCAUCAAAAUAACAGUUCCAUUUUGAAAAAAAAAUCAUUAUUAUUGGGCUGCCUGUGUGGACAAAGGCCAACGUACCCCAUUAUGGAGGUCUUGUUUACAAUAUUAUUUGAAGGUAUUAUUUCCUAACUUUACUUAUUGUGAAACCCAGAAAACUGUUAACACCAGAAAUAUUUAGAACUGGAAUACUGUUGUCUCAUUAGGAAAAAGCCAAUCAGAUGAAAAAAAAACUCUGCAAGCACAUACCUGUAGUUUGUGGUUUUGUGCCUUGCUCACCUGUCCUGAUCUUUGUUGUGUUUGGUCACAACACAAAAAACAUUGCAACUAGAAGUAUAUGCGUAAAUACAUAUAUACCAAAACCUAGUCUAUGCAAUUUUAUUAGAGAAAAGGUAAAAUGUAAUGCCUAUAAGUUAAAGGUUAAUCAUGUCAUGUUUUCAGUUUGGGCUUUAAACUGGUAAUAAUGUGGUUGCUUGAGUGAAUCUGAACUCCAGUCUUUGUCUUUUUGUGUCUUGAGUGGUUUGGGGUUGGAUUUAAAGUGAUAUCUUGGAGUUUGACUUCUAAGGGCUUCUGCUUCUUGUACCAUAUAUGUAUAUGUAGAAGCCCCUAAUUUAAUUCAACAUUUUAAUAUUAUCCCCUAAAUCAAAAUAGGUGAGCUGAUCUUGCAGUGCCAUCGUGUAUGAAUAUUUGCUGAGAAAAGUAAAUGCUUAAUCAUUUUAAUUUUUACAUAAUCCAAUAUUAUUCUCUUUGCCAAUUCUCCACUUUCUUCUGUGUACAGGAACAUUUCCUUGUUCCAGAUCACACUAUCACAGAUAUAAAUGGGGCAUCAUUUGCUGGUUUUUACUACGUGUGCCUUCAAAAGUCCGCAGCCACAAUUGAAGGGUAUUAUUAUCAUCGGAGUUCAGAAUGGUAGGUUUUUAUAUUUUUUAUAAAGUUUGUUUUAAAACAUCAGUGAAAGUCAAGAAAGUGACUAAAACAGUGGACUUUAUCAACAGCUCUCAGACAUUGGUAUGUUUUCAUAUUCAUCACAAGAAUUCUUCCCUUUUUUUAAUGCAUGAUCUGGAAAAAAUUAAAAACCUUAACAGGGAUAGAAGAAUUUCAGCUUGUCCUUUGGGCAAGCAGCUCACACUUUUUGCUUUCCCACGGCCACUUCUUGCUCGUCUUAGGGGCUGUACACACUUGGUGUUCGGAGACCAGUGCCUGCGUACCAACACAAACUGGUGUUGCGUUCACACCUUGAGCACCCGAUAUGCAACUGUGUGCAUAGUUACUCCAUUUCUCCCUGUCAGAUGCCAUUUUGAGACAUGAGCUUAGAAGUGAGUGCAAAGCUGUAGACUGCCCCAGAACUAACAAAAAGGGUGUCCACACACACACCUGGUGCCCACUUUGGAACCUCGAACUCGGACACUGGCACCGUUCCCGAAUUCUAGCUUGGGUACUUGAAAAAAGGGUGUGUUCACAUUAGUGCCCAGCGAGUAUUGUACACAGGCACCAUGCUCAGGCACCAAGUGUGAACGCUACGUAAGUAAAUGAUUUUGAUAAAGGAUGUCUUGCUUGGGCCCUAGCCCAUUGGGAAAGUAAGCUUUAAAGCUCUACCUGUCUUGGACCACUGGGCAGGACUUUUUCUGAGCCAUCUUAAUUUAAGGUUCCUCAUGACUCUCAUGGAACUCCCACAUAAUUUUUUGCACUUUACCAGAGGGCCUGUAUUACUUACUUGAAGUUUCAAUGAAAUAAAGCUGUUUUGGCCGAGAGUUAUGGUCUAUAACAUUUUAUUAAAAACUGAAUCAUUGGAUAAUGCAAUUCUAGCAUUUUGAUUGGCUUAGCCAUUAUGGUAUAUGAGCUAAUAUACCAUGUUCUCCAUAUAUGGUCGGUGUACGCGUCAGUUUAAAAUUGGAAGCUAGCUGAGAUUUUUUUUCGCGAAGGAUAGAACGGCGCUCGAAGCAAAUCGUUUUAAUUCAUUUCUUAGAAUACUAGAAAUGCAAUUUCAACGAAAGAAAAAAGACAAAAACAAACAAAAAAGCCACAAGAGCUUGUUUGAAAGUUUGUCGAAAAACACAUGAAAACACAUGGAACUAAAGUACCUUGACCAGCGACGAAAGAAGACAAGUGUUGUUUCUUCAUGAUCGCGAAGCCAUUCGCCGAUUGAGUCACUCGCCGAUAGAUAACUGCAGCUUGUUUAUCCGACAUCAAGAAUAUAAAUCACAAGUAACCAGCUACAAAUACAGGCUAUGCUGCUAUUCACUAGAGCAAUCGAGGCGGCAGUAUAGCUUCUUUUCUCGUUCAGCAAAACCAGCUUGUGGCUUCAAACAACUUCAUAACAAGCGACCGAGGUAAUACCGGUAGUUUUUCUCCGUUGUUCUUACUUUUAUAACUGCACCGAAAAUCCAAAUUCAUAGUAAUUUCGACGGCUGUCACUUAAAAAUUCCUUUCCUUCACAUUAUCUGCCAGGUUUUUUAAGCUGUUCUGCUGUGUAAAAUCCUAGAAUCACGAUGAGUUUUUAAAAAACUAAUGUUCAUCGCACAAUGUUUUGAUUUUUCAUUCAUGCAGUCUAGGCGAGCCUAGUCUGCUACACAGCCGUUUUUAGUGUCGUCACGCAACGUUCCUCCCUUAGUGUGGAGGAGUGUUGCGUGAUGACACUAAAAACGGCUGUGUAGCAGACUAAGGCGAGCCCGGUUCGCGCGUUGACAGUUUUGAUAGACGUGUGACAUGUCAAUAGCGGAAGUCCCUUGUCUUUUCCGGUUUGUUCGAGUCAGGGCUAUUCAACGAAAUUUUGUGGGCGUUUUUAAUAAAACAAUUAUUCCACUCGGGCUUGUCGGAUAUGAAAUGAUUAUAGCCAACUCGGCGCUAUGCGCCUCGUUGGCUAUCUAUCAUCUCAUAUCCAACGCGCCCUCGUGGAAUAAUUGUUAAUAGACCAUGAUAAUGAUGGCACAAUUUGUUUUUCUCUCAGAAGAUGUCAAUGCUAUAAUUACUGUAAAAAACAAAAGGGGGGGUUAACCUCAGAUUGGAAGGCCGAUAGGUGGCCAAUAGCUUACAAAAGCGGAUUAGCCAAAAAAAAAAAGUCUUUAAUUGUGAGAAUGAUUUUUCAGACAACUUAACUCCCAAAAACUUCCUUAGGAGGGUGGGGCCAUGUCCCUCACUUCACUUCCCCCCUCCCCCAGGAAAGUGUGCCUCUGGUAUAUAUUUGUUGCCUUACCGGUCAGGAAUGGUCCCCUACCUGCUGAGCUAGAAUUUAGGGAGAACACUGCAAGCUACUCAAAAAUUCAAGUGUAAAUAAAGUUUAUGUAUGUAUGUUUGUAAAAGUAUUAAUAUAUUGUUAAAUACAAUAAUCCUUCUGCGAUGGCAUGGAUGCCUGUUUCUUUUCAUUGGUGUACAAAUUACGGAGAUUCGACUGUAGCAUAAUCCUUGUUUUUCUUUUUUUCUCUCUUUCCUUCUCUCUGUUAGGUUUCAAUCAUUAAAUCUUGUACAUGUCCCGGAUCACAGUCAACCCAUUUAUGAAUUCAGAUGAUACCAAUCAAGAUUUCCAUCACAUUCUUCUAUCAUUCAUUUGAGAUUCUCCCUAUAUUUGAGCUUUGCAUAUAGUUAAAAAACUUGUGUAAACCAGGAAGAUUAAGCAAAAAGAUUUUAUCCUUGAGAUGUUGAUAGCUGAUAGCUUAGCCCUAGGCUAGUGAUGUAGUAACUUGAUACAAAACACAGAGAAGAUUUUGAUUUGAUCUAGAUCAACUUCUCUCCUCAGAAGGAAAAAAGCUGUCUGUUUUAUGUUGUAUUAUGGCAGACAAGUCAUUGAGAUCAGUUUUUAUUAAAAAAGGGACAAGAGUUUGUAAUAUCGAAAUAAGAGCCUUCAAGAUGUUCAGUCUCUCUUUCAUCAUUUUAUUUUGCCAUUCAAGGCCUAUGUACACUGUUUAAGUAUUGGCCAUAUGAAAAGAUAAAUAAAGAUAUUACGUUUACAUCUAUCAA